GACCUACUGCCCGCCUGCGGACACGCUGAGCCCUCCCUUUCUUGUAUCAUGGCAUGCAGGCUGGUGUGUAUCUGUAUCUAUAGUUGAAAAUUUUUUCCAAAAAAAAAAUGUAUGUACAUGGGAGUUGAUGGAGGCCGUAAGAGGCAAAUUUAUUCAGGGGUAUCUCAAAAUCAAUCAAGAACGGGUGUGGAGUGGAAAGAGAUGUGUGUCAUGGCUCAACGAAGGAACACCAGGCCUGCCAAUCGGAAACGCGAUAAAAAGGAAUAAACGGUAGAAUCUAAAUGUAUGGUUGAAAACAAAUGCUAACAGCCACCGGGAGGGUACUAAAUGCAGGGUCGGGAAACGGAGGGUUAGGGGUA